AUGUACCAUCGUGCAUACCCGUCCGUCCGCUCCGUUCCCUCAUCUUCAAACAUCUUCGGAACGACAACUCCCAGUCCACGCUUAGCUCCAUUGCUUCCUCCUUCAGGACUCAAUGGACUCUCACCCAAAUCAUCGGGUUUACUUCUCAAUCAGCAUCUAAAUGCAAUCCUACCAGAAACAGCCCCGAGAGAACCAACCAUUUGUGGUAUGCCUCUCAAAUACGUAUCGCUCAUCACGCUCGCCGUCCAAAACGCGACCUUGUCCAUCGUGAUGCACUACUCCCGCGUAUCGACGCCUGCCCACUUGUCUUAUUCACCUGCAGCCGCAGUACUAUUAGGCGAAAUCCUCAAAGGGUCGAUAUCCUUCGUGAUUGCGCUAUGGAGAGCACAGGACAUAGGAGAAUCACAUUGGUCAUCCCGGAAAUCAUUCAAUGGCCUCGUGCAAUCCUUAUUUCCAUGGUCUGCGCCAUUCCGCCAAGUAUGCAGUGAGAUUUUCAGCCCCGAUUGUUGGAAGCUGUCCAUACCAGCUAUCCUUUACGUCGUGCAGAACUCAUUGCAGUUCGUGGCUAUCGGUAAUCUGCCCGUGGCGUCCUUCCAGGUGGCAUACCAGAUGAAGAUCCUCACUACCGCUGCGUUCUCGGUAGUCCUCCUCCGGAAGACGAUCUCCUCGACGAAAUGGUUGUCGUUGUUUUUCUUAGCGAUUGGUGUUGGUAUCGUCCAGGUGCAGACCACUGCGUCGAAUAGUGGGACACGGGAGAUUCGCGUGGGGAGUGCACAUGACGCAGCACCCUUGUACACCCACAUUAUGAGCCCGCUGAAAGGUUUUGGUGCGGUUACUGCGGCCUGCUUUACAUCUGGCCUCGCCGGUGUCUACUUUGAGAUGGUGCUCAAGAACUCCAAGGCAGACCUGUGGGUGCGCAACGUCCAGCUCUCGCUCUUCUCCCUACUCCCCGCCUUCCUCCCGAUCCUCUACGGCCCUGCACAACCGUCUUCCAUGAGCUUCUUGAGUUACCUCUUCCGAAACUUUGGUGGAUGGGCCUGGGCCACGGUGGCGACACAAGUCUUUGGUGGUUUGGUGACUGCUGUCGUGAUCAAGUACUCGGACAAUAUCUUGAAGGGGUUCGCGACAUCACUAUCCAUCAUUCUCUCCUUCCUUGCCUCCGUCGUGCUCUUCGACUUUCACAUCACCCCCUCCUUCAUCAUCGGAGCUUCCACGGUGCUCGCAGCGACUGCAAUGUACAACCAGCCUCCGUUGCAUGAGACGAAGAUAACAUCCUCCAUCAGCGGCGGCUCAAAGCCGUUUUCCGACGCCCCUCUGGGUCCGGAUGAUCCUAUAAUCGGUCAAUUCCCAUUACAGAAGAAGUCUUCGCCGUUUGGAAGCCCCCGAGUUAUCGCCAGUGCUCUCGGCCUUGCAGAAAAGCCCUCUAGCACGGUCGAGAUUGACCACUUCUCUGAUAUGGAAUCCACCUCGCGAUACCUCAACGCACCCUACGGCUCUCCCUUUCCAUCACGUACGCCCACACCCAGGCCUGAAGAGCGGCUGUGA